AUGCCCGACGAUACUAUCGCCCCCGCGUCUGCUCACGGCGCCGACGAAAAGUCCGACAUUGAGCGUCUUGAGCAUGUUGCCGACCAUGUCUCGACACAGGCGGCGCUUGGUUUCCCGCCAAUGGAUCCUGCGCGCCGUGCGAUUGUCGAGAAGAGCAUGAAGCGCAAACUCGAUGCCCGCUGCAGCUUGUUCUUCGUCAUCUAUAUCAUGAACUACCUCGAUCGCAACAACAUUGGUGCGGCCAAGCUCAAGGGUCUGCAGGCCGAUCUCAAGAUUGACGAGACGCAGAUCCAGACAUGUCUGAGCAUUCUGUACGUUGGCUACAUUCUGAUGCAGGUGCCUUCCAACAUGUUCAUCAAUCGCAUUGGCCGACCGUCGCUGUACAUUGCGGCGGCUAUGCUCAUCUGGGGUCUCAUCUCGACGCUGUCCGGUAUCGCAGACAACUUCACCCACAUGGUUGUCAUCCGAUUCUUCCUUGGCUUUAUUGAGGCGGCCUUUUUGCCUGGUGCCUUGCUCAUCUUGUCCAAGUGGUACACACGCCGCGAAUUAACCACCAGAAAUGCCAUUCUUUUCUGCGGUAACCUCAUCUCUAAUGCCUUCUCGUCGCUGGUCGGCGCGGGAGUCCUGUCCAAUAUGCAGGGCACCCUUGGCCAUUCGGCGUGGCGGUGGCUGUUUUGGAUCGAAGGUGGCGUUACGAUGCUUGUUGCCAUCGCGGCUGCUUUUAUCCUGCCCGACUUGCCUCACAAUGCGCGCGGCUUCACUGAGGAAGAGCGCCAAGUUGCGCAAUUGAGAAUGCUGGAGGAUGUCGGCGAGGCUGAUGUGGAUUCUGCGGAUCAGGGUCCCUUUGAAGGAUUGAAGAUGGCCUGCAAGGACAUCAAGAUCUACAUCAUGAUGCUGACCUUUACCGCCUACGUCGUUGGUCUUUCUUUCAACGCCUACUUCCCCACGCUCACCGGAACGCUGCACUUUAGCACUGUCGCGACUCUUCUCAUGAGCGCCCCUCCAUGGGCUUUUUCGUGCAUGGUAUCUCUCCUCAAUUCAUGGCACUCUGAUCGAACUCAGGAGAAGUUCUGGCAUAUCGUCGGACCUGUCCUUGUGGGCAUACUUGGAUUCGUCAUCAGCAUGUCCACGCUCAAUACUGCGGCACGAUACGUCGCUCUCUUCCUCCAGGCAAGCUCUUAUGCUGGGUUCAUCGUCUUCUAUUCCUGGAUCAGUUCCACGUUCCCCCGACCCCCAGCCAAGCGUGCCGUCGCCAUCGCCAUGAUCAACGCCUUUUCCCAGCUUGGUAACGUUGCUGGAUCGUACGUCUGGGGCCUGCCUGAGAAUGGUUUCCGCAAGAGCUACGGCAUUGUGUUGUCCAUGUUUGGAGUCACAAUCUUUGGUUGCUGGGUCCUCAGGAUGAUGCUUGUCAGACUCAACAAGACUUUGGAAGAAAAGGAGUCACCAAAUGCCAGCACUGCUGAUGAUUUGCAGAAUGUGGAAUUCCACGAAAGCAAGGACGAGGCUCUCCGCGUUCGCAAGGGAUUCAGAUAUCUCAUCUAA